AUGUUAGUUGAACUCAAUAUCAAACAUGGUCUACUGUCACUAUCUAAUAUUGCGUCCACUCGUUUAGGUGUACGAACAAUAUCCAAUAUUGCAAAUAUUCAGUCAUGCCAGGCAUAUCUAAACUAUAGUCGACAGAACAAUAUUAACAUCAACUCGACUCUAUUUCGGGGAACUCUAUAUGAGCUACUUGCCAAGCAGUUAAUGAGCAGCCUCUUGAAUUGUUGCUCGUUGACACGCAUAGGUGGAUCGUUUGACCAAGGUAUUGACAUCUUGGGAAAGUGGAACUUGGGCCACUAUUGGCACGCAUUGGAACCCAAGCCAGUCAAUAUCAAUACAACAAAGCUACAAUUUGGAUCCAUUCGCCCGCUAUUGAAAGACUCAAGAGAAUAUAACGACUAUCACGCGAUACCCCAGUCUGAACGACACAAGCAGGCCAACCUCUCGUUGGAAAACGAUAUAAAUGUAUUGGUGCAGUGUAAAAAUUAUGAUACAAAAAUCAAGCCGGCCACUAUUAGAGAGAUCUCGGGUCUGUACCACCAUCAUGUAAAUACUAAACAAGCAAGGAGUCGUACGUUCAUGUUUCUUGUAUCUCCACGUCCAUUGACUUAUCUGGCAUUGAAAAUAGUUGAUUCAUUGCCCAUACCGAUGAUCCAUUGCAAGUUAUCUAUCUUGAAGUUUGAAAAAGGUGAUAUUUAUUCCGUAUCCAAUUGGAAUGGAGGUGAAUUGGAAGCAUUAUACAUGAACGCCGUAGCUAGGGCAUUACUCACUGGCCUAAAUUUGGAGUUAGAAUUUGAAAAAUUAAAAAGCAUAAAUAUGUAA